UUACUGUUCAAGUCCCUUGGAUGUCAGUGAGGCUGGGAGUCUGUAAGAAGUUCUUGCUGCCCAGGGAAGACUGAGGAGAUGUAACAACAUGGCAGAUAUGUUGGAGCAAAAAUAGCAAUGUCUUGAACUGACAUCUAAGCAAUAAAGAAAACCACCAAAAAUUAGGAGGAGACAGGGACUUAAGUUUCUGAAGAUACAGUUUAGAUUAUUUGAAACAUUUUGUACACCACUUCUAACAAAAAAGUCAGCAGUAGCAGUAUCUCCAGGUCUGCAGAAUGAAUGCUGAAUAUGGUACAGAGCUGAAGAAGUUAAUGUUCCCUACUUUUCAUCAGAAAGGAAUUUUAGAGGUUCAAGUCAGAAAGCUAUUUAAUCAUUUAGCAACAUCUGAUGUGAGCACAUUUGUAGGUAAACAGCAAAUGAUGUGAUAGUGAAAUUUCAGAACUUCUUUGUAUGAUAAAAUAAUAAUGAUCUUACCUAACAAGUUGAUAUAUAAAAUAUACACUGGGAUUUCUUACCCCAAAGCCACUUCCGUCCUAGAAUCAGCAAUGGAAUUUAAUGCAUAAUAGAAAGAGAAACUUAAAAAUAUAACCUUGGCAGGGAUUUACAGAGACAGCAAGGCCAAUGCCUCUCAUUUUACAAAGCUAUCUGAGCAUCUUUCAUGACCUGAGGUUUCUGUUUUGCUGAUUUUACAUCAAAUCGAAAAAACAGCAGAAAUUUCCCUAGUUAUCAGUGAGAGCAUUGAAAAUGCCUUAGAGGGAAAGAGCAUCCCUUGUGGUUUAACUAGCUUUGUGCAGGACAUGGCUCAGUGAGGAAGGUGCUGGUAGCAGCACUGCUGGGUGUCAGUGUGCCUUUUUCAAACUCCAUCUAUGACAAGACUUCUGACUGCAUACAGGUCUCCAGAGGGCCAGAAAAGGCAUGGAAUUACACAUUGAUGAGGAGGGGAAGUGGACUCACUGCAGAGCCGUGUAGUCCAGUUCCUGUAUGUAUUUAGAGGCCUGAGGAUGGUUUUGGGGAAUCAGAAUUACAUGACAGAUUCAACAGCAAAGUGUCUUUUGUUAGCGAGGUGUAUUUUCUGAAUAAUUUCUGUGUCUGGAAUAAUUCUUCUGAAUCUGUCAAUAUUAUAUUGGCAGAGGGGGAAUGUUGCCCUAAAUAUGAAUUUCCAACCAGACAACCCCUUGGCAGUGGCAUGGUACAGCUGAGUGCUGUUUAUUGUAAGAUAUAUGGAACAAGAUUUGUAGUGCUGAAUGCCAUCUGAAAAUGGAAGUGUGCCCAUCUGUGCAAGCUCUCAUCCAGACUCGGCAGCAGGCUGCUGCUGGUAAGGGGCAUGAGGUGGCUCUUUUUGCGUGUGAUGCAGGGUUGGGAUCCUGCCUCUGUGCCUGCUGGGGUUGUACUUCUCUGCUAUGUUGUGAUAGCAAGCAGUCAGGAUCAUUCCAGCUGUGUGAUCAAGUUAUGCUGCCUGUUUGUUCAGGUGCUGAGCAGAAAAUGCACAUGCUGCUUCUGCAGGAGGAAGCUCUGUCCCUAAACCCUGAUGGAUCAUCCAAUUCCUAUCGAUUUUCCUAUUGCUCUUUUCUAUUCAGCCGGGGCAACGAGAACAGACUGGCCCUGCGGCGACAGACCAUUCUGCGGGAGAAGGGCAGGAGGCAGGCCAGCCGAGGGCCGGCCUACAUGUUCAAUGACCACUCCACAAGCCUUUCCCUGGAGGAGGAGCGCUUCCUGGAUGCCGCCGAGUACGGGAAUAUCCCGGUGGUUCGCAAAAUGCUGGAGGAAUGUCCCUCGCUCAACGUCAACUGUGUGGACUACAUGGGACAGAAUGCCUUGCAGCUGGCAGUGGCCAAUGAGCACCUGGAGAUCACAGAGCUGCUGCUGAAGAAGGAGAACCUGGCCCGGGUGGGGGACGCCUUGCUGUUGGCCAUUAGCAAGGGCUACGUUCGGAUAGUGGAAGCCAUCCUGAGCCACCCCGCGUUUGCCGAAGGCAAGAGGCUGGCUCUGAGUCCCAGCCAGUCGGAGCUGCAGCACGAUGACUUCUACGCGUACGACGAAGAUGGCACGCGGUUCUCCCACGACGUCACACCCAUCAUUCUGGCUGCCCACUGCCACGAGUACGAGAUCGUGCACACCCUGCUGCGGAAGGGAGCUCGGAUCGAUAGGCCGCACGACUACUUCUGCAAGUGCAGUGAGUGCAAUCAGAAACAAAAGCAUGACUCUUUCAGCCAUUCUAGAUCCAGGAUCAAUGCCUACAAAGGUCUGGCCAGCCCUGCUUACCUGUCUUUGUCCAGUGAAGACCCUGUCAUGACUGCCUUAGAGCUCAGCAAUGAGCUGGCCGUGCUUGCCAACAUUGAAAAAGAGUUCAAGAAUGAUUACAAGAAACUGUCUAUGCAAUGCAAAGAUUUUGUAGUUGGACUGCUUGAUUUGUGCAGAAAUACAGAAGAAGUGGAAGCUAUUCUGAAUGGUGAUGUAGAGAUGAGCCAUAAUAAUGGAGAGCAUGGUCGACCCAGCCUCAGCCGCUUAAAACUCGCCAUCAAGUAUGAAGUUAAAAAAUUUGUAGCACAUCCAAACUGCCAGCAGCAACUCCUCUCUAUCUGGUACGAGAACUUGUCGGGUUUGCGGCAGCAGACGAUGGCAGUGAAGUUUCUGGUUGUCCUCGCGGUUGCGGUUGGACUGCCCUUCCUCUCCAUGGCCUACUGGAUUGCUCCUUGCAGUAAGCUGGGGAGGAUAAUGCGUGGACCAUUUAUGAAGUUUGUAGCCCAUGCAGCCUCUUUCACCAUUUUUCUUGGUCUGCUUGUCAUGAAUGCAGCUGACAGGUUUGAUGGCACCAAACUCCGACCUAAUGAAACAACAGACAAUGUAAAACAGCUUUUUAGGAUGAAAACAUCCUGUUUCUCCUGGAUGGAGAUGCUUAUUAUUUCUUGGGUAGUAGGCAUGAUAUGGUCUGAAUGUAAAGAAAUUUGGUCUCAAGGUCCAAAGGAAUACCUGUUUGAGUUAUGGAAUAUGCUUGAUUUUGGCAUGUUAGCAAUUUUUGCAGCAUCAUUUAUUGCAAGGUUUAUGGCAUUUUGGCAUGCAUCCAGAGCCCAGAACAUCGUUGAUGCAAACAUGAAAGAUCUGACAAGUCCAACACUGGAGCCCAACAUAAAAUACUACACCUUGGCCAGAAUAAACUGGGAUCCGUCUGAUCCUCAGAUCAUUUCUGAAGGGCUGUAUGCAAUUGCAGUGGUGUUAAGUUUCUCACGGAUAGCCUACAUCUUACCAGCUAAUGAAAGCUUUGGACCACUGCAGAUAUCACUUGGGAGAACUGUGAAAGACAUCUUCAAGUUUAUGGUGAUAUUUAUCAUGGUAUUUGUGGCUUUCAUGAUAGGCAUGUUUAAUCUGUAUUCCUACUAUCUGGGAGCAAAACAAAAUGAAGCGUUCACAACUGUUGAAGAAAGUUUCAAAACAUUGUUCUGGGCUAUAUUUGGACUCUCAGAAGUUAAAUCAGUUGUUAUCAAUUAUAAACACAAAUUUAUUGAAAAUAUUGGUUAUGUUCUUUAUGGAGUCUAUAAUGUUACCAUGGUCAUCGUCUUACUGAACAUGCUUAUCGCAAUGAUCAACAGUUCAUUCCAGGAAAUUGAGGAUGAUGCUGAUGUAGAAUGGAAAUUUGCAAGGGCUAAACUUUGGUUUUCUUACUUUGAAGAAGGGAGAACUCUUCCAGUACCCUUCAACUUAGUGCCAAGCCCAAAAUCUUUGCUGUAUCUCCUAAUCAGAAUCAAAAAAUGUAUUUCUAAACCAUUUUUGUGCCAAAAGAAAAGCUUUCAGGAAGAUGCAGAGAUGAACAAGCUUGGUCAAAGGAAGCAAUCGAGUAUAAGAAGCACAGAUGAAAUCCAUUUAAACAGUUUAAACAAUCCUCCAAGACAAUACCAGAAAAUAAUGAAGCGUCUUAUUAAAAGAUACGUGUUGAAAGCUCAGAUAGAUAAGGAAAGUGAUGAAGUCAAUGAAGGUGAAUUGAAGGAAAUUAAACAAGACAUCUCAAGUCUCCGGUAUGAACUCCUUGAGGAAAAAUCUCAGAAUUCUGAAGAUCUGGCAGAACUUAUAAGGAAACUUGGGGAAAAACUGUCACUUGACUCUAAGGAAGAAGAAAGCAAGAGAUAACCAAAAUAAGAUAUGCAACAGAAUAUUAACAAUUCACUUAAAGCCAUAUUUCUGUUUUCCUCAAGUCUAACUCACAUUUCUUAAAAAGAUUCAGAAAUUACAUCAUUCCAAUUCUUUAUUGAAAAAACACAGUGGCAAAUCCUUUAGGUCUACAGUAGGGAGACCAUACCACUUCAGUAAAUAUAUUUAUUCUUUACCUGGUGAAGAAUAGUUGAUCUGAGAUAAUUUAAGUACUCAAUUUGCCAUCUAGAAUUCCAGUGGAAUUUUUAUGAGCUCAGUCACGAAAGAUUAAAAUCAUGGAUCUAACCCUUUCCUAUGUUAACUGUUUAUUUUUUGCAAAUUUCCUUUUUUAACCAUUCUUACAUAUAUUUUAGUGAAGCAAAAGUGAAAAAUCAGGCACAUAUAUAUAUAUAUAUAUAUAUAUAUAUAUAUAUACACAAAUAUCAAAAGCUUUGUAAUUUUUCCAGCAAUGGCAACUAUCAAAAAAAUUUAAAAAAACUAACUCCCUUUCUUAAGAAUGUGCAGGAUAUUAAAAUAAACUUAUGAACGUUUCCAUGUAGAGGUAGAUACCAGGACAUUCAGAGCACUGUGUUGUAUUUUCCCCUGUCAGCACUGCACUAUCCUGUGAGAUACCUGGGUUCCAAUGGGAGUUAGUGCAUUAAGAAAGAAAUAUUUUUCACCAAGUUUAUUGAAAAGCUAUUUCUGAGCCUAGGAGGCUGGAAGAAAACCCUCUUUAAUCCAAAAUAAUUAACCCUUGAUGUCCCAAUCUGUUUCAGAAUUCCCAAGUUCUCCAGCUUUUAUGUCUUGAACUGAACCUCCCAAACUGCAGGUUAGGUGUUUGAAUGCAACAUUUUUAUUUGACGUGGAAGAUACUAAAAUGUUAGGUGCAAACCUCUCUUUGAAUUCUGGGAAUGCCAUGCAUGGGGGACCAUGUUUCUCCAUGUUAAACCUGUUUAAAUGAUUAAAUUUUCUUCAGACAUAUAGAUAGCAAAGAAAACAAUCUUGUUGCAAAAAAUAAUGAAAUCUUCUGUGGAUUUGCAUCCCUUGUCCUUUUUUUCACUGGUGACAGCUCAGCUCUUGUGCUGUAUUCUUUAGGACUCUUUUAAUGAAGAAUCUUCACACCAUGUGGUAAAGAAAGCUCCAACACUUUCACCCUGCCCACUGCAAUUGUUAAAAGUCUCUUUCUGUUAAACUGCAGAUGAGCUAUCCCAUGCUCUGGAAAGCUGUUUGUUGUGUAACAAUGUCCAUACAGGACAGUCAGCUGUUUUCUGUUCUUACAGAUAGAAACAGCAUAAAUUCCAUGUAAUUUUUCCCCUGGUUAAUACAGUAAUUUGUGUUUCUCUCUUUGGACAGUCACUAAUUCUGGAAGUGUUAUAAACAUACAUUACUUUGGGCAUCUCUGCUUCUCUUUAAGCUUUUUUUUUUUUUUGAGAUUAGUGAAAGGGCUGUGAAGAAUUACAACAUGGCAUCCAGGUGUAUAACACACCUGUAAAAGACUUGUAUGAAACAAGACUUUAAAAGGCUUGUCAGUAAUUGCUUUAAAAUUAUUUUUGUGAAACUUAUUUACUGUGGAAUGUAUUAAAAUGUUUCUGCCUUUCCCUUUUAGGCUGGAGAUUAUUUUUAUUGGGUCUAGAUUAGUUUCCAGCUGGAUUUAUUGAUAGUUCUUUUUUAAAAAUUUUUGAUGGAAUCACUGUGUAUUUUCAGGGAAAAAAAGACAUUAGAAUGGGUUUUGAAAUCACUUGGAGACAGGUGGAGGUAGGGGACUGAGGUCAGCUUGCCCUGUGAGUGUUUGUCGUGCUUUGGAAGAAGAGCUUGGCAGGAAAGUUUAUCCACAAAUGGAGUAUUGGGAGCAAUGUGUGUCCUGUGGGCCUCAGAUGCAAUGAACUCAGGGUUUAGAAAAUUCUAAGGCAUCUUCCUCUGAGGGAGAAGGAGGAAAGUGAGGAUUCAAAGGUAGUAGAGCACAGGCAACUGGUGUGACCUUAGGCUGGAAGGCAGUGUGAUGGGAACUUCACUGCGUUUUGUUAAAGACAGGAACCUCCUCGAUGGUUCCUGGCCAUCUCCCUUGGCCAGGACUGGCCUCUGAAUUGGAGUUCCACCUGAGUAUUUUGGACCUGGUUUUCUGAAACAGUGCACAGUUCAUUCAGCUCCACUGAAGGGCUGUGUUAGAGGCCAUGCUGCUCAAAGCACGUCUUCCAUCUGAGAGAAGCUCUUCAGAAAAUCUCUUGGUCAGGAUCAGAGGUAACAGGGACAGUCAGUGUUCACUUUCAGUAAUCAGAAGUCUUAAUUUUUGGUCAUUGUAAUGCACAAUUUGGAUCUGCUGUAGUGCUUAUUGAUGGUAAACCCUCCCUCUCCAUAAACCCAGAGAGAGAGGAAAUACACAGUUUAAGAUCCAGGCACUUUUAAAGUGAAGAUUUUUAUUACAGAGGUAAAAUAUACACUGUGAAUUUGUUUAAGCCCAAAAUUUGAUGUACCUUAAAACUAUAAGAUCGUAAUGUAUAUAGUGUAUUUCAUGAAGAAAAUGCAUAUGGAUUUUUUUAAUCAUUGAAGAUAUUUUAUAUGUAGUUAUUACUCAUGGAACAGUUUGUUAAUUAUAUUUGAAGAGGUCUAUUGCCAAAUGUAGUGUGACAAACAAUGUAGUAUUUUAAAUGAGCACAAUACCAAAUAUAUUAUGCUGAUUAAUUAAAUGUACCAGACUAAAAAUGCCUUUGUGAUCCAUUGUAUGAACAUUUUGGUAUUUCACAGGGAACCUUUGGCUGCUCCUGCUUGGAAGACUGAUAUGGUAAAAAACUUUCAUUUGGUAACAACACUAAUAUUAAAAAAUUUCAAAGAAGUAUUUUCAUACUUAAUUAGACUCAAGGCCAAGUAUUUCGUCUCCUGUGAUUGUGUCUGAUGCUAGAUGUUUCAGAACAUCUGCAGUAACAGAUAAUUUUCACCUUACAUAGUUCUCCUUUUGAUUGGAUGAGGAAGCAUUUCCAGAUUUUUUUGUGAAUUAUUAGGAUAACAAGAUAGUCUUUCUACCUACUUAAUUUUUUUCUUUAAACCUUGUUAAUUACUUGAGCUCAGCAAUUCUGUUUCUGUAUCAGCAGCUUCCACAUCUAAACCAGACCUGCUAUGAAGUAUUGUCUUUAUAUAAAUUUUUAUCCCCUGAGUAUUUCUUAAACUUGAAUUAUGAAAUAUCAUCAGUAGAUUUCAUCACUCUUUAGAGAAUCUCCUUUCUGUUCACCCAAAUGUAUUUCACUAAAAGGUAUGGAAGGACUUGAGAACUUCUGAAGAGAAGAAAAUGAAGUAAGAAAAUCCCCAAAUCAAUGUCUGUUCAAUGUUUUCUCACACUAUUCUGGUUGAAACAGAAUCACGUCUAAAUAUUGAGAAAAAGAUUUUACAUCAUGGAGGACUGGAAAUUUUAUUAGAGACCAAUCAUGCAAUGCAAGCCUAAGGUACCCAAGAUUUACAGUGACAGAUGCUGAGAAAAAGCUACAGGAUUUCAAAUUAAAGUUCUGACAUUCCGGGUGAAAAUCUGCUGCAUUAAACCAUAUUUUAGAGCACUGACAGGCCAAGCCAAUGAAUGCUACUGGUUUCAGAAGUGGCAUCUACAGAUUCAUCUGAUUUUAGAUGACAGCCGUGAAGACUUAUGCAGCUGAGCUUGUCUAGUCUUUCUUUGUGUUCAUUGGAUAGAAAUGGUCAAAGGCAUGAUUUUGUGUCAUCUUAAGGUAGACAAGUAUUCCAGAUAAGUCAUACAGUAGAAGUGACCAUUUAUCUCCUGUUACUCUGAAGAAGUGACUGUAGCUGUUAGCAACAUUUCUACUAAAGUGUGAGAAGUCCCAGCUUGUCAGAAAUCAGCACUCAGCUCAUGAACACUGCAAGGCCAUGAACCGUCACAAAUGAUCGUCUCAUUGGAAGGGCUUGAACUAAAGAGGACAGUCACUGAGUGGGGCAGGAUCUAGCUUGCCUUCCCAAGAAUCCAGCCCAUCCCCGGGGAUGAGUUGGAUGAGUUGGGUUCUUCUUUGCUCUGCACCAAUGUUUUCAGUUUUCCUCCUUCAUUAGUGUUGCUGUGGGUCAGCAUAAAAAUUAACCAAAUCUAUCACAAACGUGAGAAAAACUCUGUUACAAAGCUCAUGGCAACUAAAUUCUUGUUGCCAAACCAGGACCUUUAUGAUAAAGAGGAGUUUAUAUCUCACGUUUUAGUACAUUGGGGUGAACAUAUAUUUUCAAUAAUAUGUUUUCAAAGCUUAAAAUACAUAGCUUGAUCUUGGCAGUACUUCAGCUAUAGCAGCUGUAUCCUGUAAUUCACUAAGAACAUGUUCUCAUGACUUCUGUGUCCCAAAAUGCAGUUUAGUACAACAAAAUUUUGCAUUUGCUUCUUAGAGAUUUCCCUCAGGCUUCAAAUUUCUAUGUGAACAUUAUAAUUAAUACAUUACAAACCACGUAAUCUGAAACUGUACUCAUUUGCAGAACAGAAGAAAUUGUUCUUAUAGUGUAAAUUGCUAGAUUUUCAUGUAAAUAUUUAACACUUCAAAAAAAAUUGGUGUAAGCUGCCUGGUGUGAAUAAUCUGUCUAAGUACUUAUGUUCCUGCUUAAAUUUUAAUUUGGCUUGUGGAAAACAGAAUUCACAAUGUUUGUGCUUGGAAAACUACUUGUGCUUCAGAAGCCCAUAUCAAAAAGUUAAUCAAGGCUGAGGUGUGAGGUGUGUACCUUAAGCUCCAUGCUUAAGGCCAGAGAAUCCCAUGCACUUUUCUUUCCUGGUGUAUGAGUAACCUCAAAAUAUUUCAUUUAUUCUCUUGUUUCAAUUUUUGCAAAAAGCCAAAUUUCCUGUUCUCUUUCUGUUCUUGUCACCAUCUUGUCACCAUAUGACAGUGCAGUAGGGAUCAAAAAGUACAGAUUUUCAAAUUUAGUAGUAUUUUGUAUUUUGUACAAAUUUAGUAGUAUUUUGUUUUGUUUUAAGCUUUUGAAUAUUCUGUGAUUUAGCUCAUUGACAUUUACACUUUGCUCCUUUAAUCAAUGGAACUCCAAUCAAAGUAAUUGAAGAUCAGUUCAUUUUGUAUUCAAAGUAAAAUGCAGCAGAUAAAUCAUUAUCAAUGUUAAUAGCAAUUUUUUAUGCCCUUUUAUAUAUUAACACUUUUAUACCAUUCUGAUAUUUAAUUUGCUUUAUAAACAAGUAUAUUCUAGUAGGUUUGCAAAGGGCAUAAAUAAAGUGACAAACUGUCCAAAACCUUUUUGUUAGUAGGCAAAACCUACUCACUCUCAAAUACAAAUAAAUGUAUUUUCCUAUGACCCUUGUUAAACCAGCUCAAGUCUCUGUUCCUCAGCUUCUUCAUUUAUGCCAGGAGAAAAUGAUACUAAUUGAUGUCAACAUGCUCAAAUAAGUAAUUUGAUGAAUUCAUGAAGAGAAAACUUCAGUUCUUUCUCAAAGUGAGUAUUUUGUUGUUUUCAAAGAAGAUUUUGUGUAACUUUACCAGAACUCCAAUGAUGUAAUCAACUUCAAUAGAGAAGACCCAUGGGAUUUCAUGAGUUAAUGUCUUCACUGCAAAAGGCACUGCUGUGGGCUUGUUCUUAAGAACUGCUGUUCUAAAAGUUCUAAUUGAGACACUCACUGAAUUUGUCCUGUCUGUAGCCCAAUUUAUUCAGUCCCCCCAUCUCCUAAUGGCAAACUGAGGCUCUGCAGCUGGGUCACAACAUCCUCACUUUUGAAUGGAGAAAUACCAGUGACACAGUGAUUUUUUAAAAAUACAUACAGCAUGGGCAAAUCUUUCUGGUGAACUGAUAAGGUACAAUAUCAGGUUGCUAUCAAAUCAUGUUGGCAGAAAAGAUUCAAGACUACUUUAUGUGGCUGUGCUAGAGCACACAUGGUCUCUCCCGACAUGUUGAUUCUGUUUCUCAAAAGAAAAUGUUUAUUCUAGAAAUGACUUUGUGCUUCAAUCUGUCAGAAUAAUUUUAGAAUUCUGUGAGUUACUUCCCUCUGAAGUGGACAUCACACUUUGUUUGAGGAAACUAAACUGCCUGGUACAGCAAUGUCAGUGGCUGUAAUCCUUCAGCAGAGGCUUCUCUCUUACCCUACCGGAGGCCACUGACCUAGUACCAUCAAGAGUGUUAAAAAACAGCCCUGGCUAUACCAAGAAAUAUUUCUCAGUAUCAAUCUGGAAAGAAAUAAAGACAAAGUAAUUCCCAAAGUGCCUAUGGGUCUUGUAAUGUUGCAAGUUAGCCUGUAUUCACUCAUGAGUGUUCCAUGUGUGUGCAAAUUUUGUCCCUUCUGAUUAAACAUCCACAGCACACAUUACAAUAAGCCAUCUAGGCUCCCCUCCUACUCUCUGAAAACUCUGAAUGUUAUUUCAGAGGUACAUAUUUGCUUUAAAUGGAGGCAAAACCUUGGCCCAAGCUAUUGUAGUUCAAGAUCUUGAGAAAGUGUAAAUCCCUUAUUGGGUCAGCAAAGACGUCUCCAUGGGGUAUUGACUUAACAAGAAUUGCUGGC